ACAGCCCUUACCUUGGCGUAUUCACGACAUGAAAUACGCUCUUUGUUAGCUUCUCCCAACUAUUGUAGCACCAGAAUUACGUUGCGGCGAAGCAACUGUACUGCGUGAAGAACGCACAGGCAUAAAUGAAGCGCAGGGACUAUUCAAGUCAAACGCUAAAGCUGCUAUACUAAGCAUUUCAAGAUGGUUUUAGAAACUAUCUCAAGGAUAAUAAAAAUUCAGCUCCCAGCAUACCUGAAGAAGCUUCCCCUUCCGGAGACGAUCGGCGGAUUUGUAAGGUUAACAGUGUCCGAAUGGCUGCGGUUGCUGCCUCUGCUGGGGAUUUUGGCUCUGCUGGGGUACAUGACCAUUCGGCCCUUUUUUCCAAAGAAGAAGAAGCAGAGAGACUGUCUAAUCAACCUGAAGAUUCAGAAGGAGAAUCCUAAAGUGGUCAAUGAGAUUGACAUUGAGGACCUUCACAGUGCAAAUGUGUGCUACUGUCGCUGUUGGCGCUCCAAAACUUUUCCUGUUUGUGAUAAAUCGCACUUAAAGCACAACGAGCUGACUGGAGACAACGUGGGACCGCUUAUACUCAAGAAGAAGAUUCUAUAAUAGACCACCUACUUGGGAAAUACCCUCUCCCCAGUAUUUAGGUUACAUUUAUUUACACUCUGUAAUCAUUUUUUAUUUGCACAUACAGGUGAGAAAUGUAGUGUAAUGCAGUCAUCAUCUGAAGUUAUUCUGAUAUAGUAACGGAACGGUUAGCCAUGAUGCGGUUUCAGCAAACUCACUCACAUACUGUAUGUGUAAUUUUUUUUUAUUUUAGUCUCUCUGAGAGCAUACAUAAAUCAGUGUGACCACUUUGAGAGUACAACAUCCAGUGACUUUAUAUAAGGCUCUUUAAUAAGUAUAAAUGUCCAAAGUAAAAAUUUCCUUCUAUUAGAUGUGAAGUAAAACUGCUAUGCAGUCUGUAAACUUAUUGUGCUAUAUACUGCCAACUUUAACGACCUUGCUGCAUUAUUGUGACAACCAGGCCUUUCUUUUCUUCAUUGUGACUCUGUACCAAAUUGAAACUUUCAAUUUGAAAUACUCAUGCUUAAGUUAUUAUAUUGGAAACUCCUUGCAGCCUUACCGAUGUGCCCAUUGAUGCAGUCGAGUUGUAUCAGCAUUGCAGUAGUUUUAGAAAGCCAUGUUGAGGCUCAAUUGAGUGACGUAAGAGAUUUGAGUCUGCUUCCCUUAAUGCACUGUACCAUAACAACUGUAAAUACUUCCUUCUGAAGUAAUUCCUGAUACCUACCAAUAUUUUUGCAUAAAUAUUUGCAUAAUCAUA